AAUCAAUGUAAAAGAGCAGUAAAAAUACUGAGAGAGAGGAAAGGAAAAAUGGGUACAAUAGAUUUGAAUUCAGUUUUUGUCCCAAAGACCAUUGCUGAUAUUCUCACUGAAGUUUCCAUGGUCGAUGAUACUUCCAAGAAAUUAUCAAAGCUCAACGAUUAUGUCCAUGCAUUACAAGAUGAAUUGAAAAAGAUCGAUGCCUUUAUAUGUCAACUUCCUCUCUGCAUGCAUCUCUUAAACGAUGCAAUUGAGAGAUUGAAGGAGGAGACAAUGCACUGUAUGGAAGCAAAUGCUCAGCCAGUGACAGAGCCAUUGAAGGGUAAUUCGAAAGAAGAUGGAGGGGUAGAAGCGUCAAGUGAUUCCGAUGAUAAGAAGAACUGGAUGAGCUCUGUUCAGCUCUGGACCGCUCCUCUUGACUAUGAAAAUUCUGACAUCAAAAGACGAGACCGUUCAUCGAACCUGAAAUCGAGAAAUGAAGAAGAGAAAGGCUCUGCAAAGAAUUCACAUCAGUUAUGCAACAAAAGGAACAGGGGAAAGGCAUCUGUUCUUCCAUUGAAGAAACACAAGGAGAUUUCUUCAUCUCUUGAUGGUUUAUCUCUCUCCAUUCCGGUGACCAAAAUGAAUGGUUCAAUUGAUUUGAACUUGAACUGCUUUGAUUCAUCACACAGCAACCCACAGCAGAAGAAACAGAGGCGUUGUUGGUCGCCGGAAUUACACCGGCGAUUUGUGAAUGCACUUCACGAACUUGGAGGAGCACAAGCUGCCACACCCAGACAGAUUAGAGAUCUGAUGCAAGUAGAUGACCUAACCAAUGAUGAAGUGAAAAGCCAUUUGCAGAAAUACAGACUCCAUGUCCGAAGAAUUCCAAUUUAUUUAGCAGCUCCAUCGAAUGGCUUCUCGAUGGACCAAGAUUGGUGUGAAGGUCAUCAGUACAGCUCCCCGGAAGGCCCCCUCCAUUUGGCGGGGUCUUCAAAGGGUGUUUCCUUCACUGGUGGCGAUAGCAUGGAAGAGGUUGAGGAUGAGAAAUCGGUUGAUAAUGCAGUAUAGAUGGACCCACCAGAUACAUAUAUAGAGAAAUCAGAUUGUGCGGAAAACAAACAGCAACUUCUACAGGGAAAUCCUGAGGUCUUUUUCCUAAAAGAAAAGCUUAGACUUAGAGAGAGAGGCGAUGAAAGUAGGUGAAUUUCAUCAUUUUCUCUCGUUUAUUGAGCUUAACAUCUCUGCCUGCUUUCACAUGAGGAAGUUGAUGUAGCUUCCAUCGGUGGAUUUUGAAUGAAUUAGGACAAAAACAUAACCAUUUUUAAAUGUCUGAACUUAUCUUGGUUGUUGUUCACUAACAUAAAUUUUGAGUUCAAAGUCCAUUGUUCUAUGGUUCAUUUUUCUUUUAUUAGAGGGUGUUCAAGUUUACAUUGGUAGGUGACUAUUGUAAUUUGAGCUAGGUUAGAGCAUGUCUCUAAAGG